AUGAGGACGCAGCAGCAGCAGCAGCUUUUCGGGGAUGAUCAUAACAGCGAGAGCUGCGUCUACGAUCCACCAGCAGCGGAAGGAUCCUUGAGGUUCCAGAUCUCAUUGCGGUCCAAAGCAGGCUUGUUACCGCCACCACCUGAAGCAAUGAAUCACGGGGUUUUAAAACAGGAGCCAGAAGUAGAGCAGGAACGAGAGCAGUACCUUGUGGCCCCAGGCAGCAAACAGCAGCAGCAGCAGCAGCAGCCGCAGCAGCAAACAAGUCGAUCCUUGCCAUCGCCACCGGGGAUCAAGAACAGGAAGAAGUUCGUUGGAGUGAGACAACGCCCGUCUGGUCGCUGGGUGGCGGAGAUCAAGGACACCACCCAGAAAAUCCGGCUGUGGCUGGGGACCUUCAAUACUGCCGAGGAUGCUGCUCGAGCUUACGACGAGGCUGCCUGUUUGCUCCGGGGCACAAACACCAGGACCAACUUCAUCAACACAGCUCCCGCUUCAGACGCAUCGGCUCUUCCUUCCAAGGCCGCGAAGAUGCUUCUCUUCCACCGUGGUUCCACACCCAGUAGCUCUACCACUGGCUCGUCUGCUGCUGAGAAGCUGCUCGAUUUCUCCAGGCCGAAGAGAACUGCUGCUGUCGGUGAUAAGAGUGUCAGCUGCUUUCUUCCUCCACCGAAAAAAAUCUGUAGCUCGCUGGCACCCAGCAGCAGGCAGCAGCAGCAGCAGCAGGACGGCAUCUUGGGAUCGGAAUUCACUGCCGAAGGCAGUGGCUUCUACAAUCCUAGCUCCGGCCUGUACUCCCUGUCCUCCUCCAGUACCUCACACUAUGUAAACUCGGAGGACCUGUCGAGCGUUGAAUCGGCAUUUGACAUCUACUCGGGAUUUCCUCAGUCAUUCGACGAGAUUCCGCUGCUGGAAAGCUGCUGCAGCAACAGUGUUGACGCUUGCAUGAACAGUAACGUUGCAAACGUCAGCCUUGGUGUUGAGCAGCAACAGGUCCAGAAAGGUUUCUAUGAGAGGCAAAAUUCGGCUUCUCUGAAUCAGGGGAACAGCGGCCAAGAUUGUUGUCUCAUGUUGGGAGCAACUUCUUCUUCCAUGAUGUCUUCUCCGAGCUUGUCGUUGCCUCCCUCGUUUUAUUCUCAGAGAUCGUCCGCAUGGAAGCAGCAAAAACAGGAACCAGAACCCACCGGAAACGAGAAUCAGGAGUGUUUAUGGGAUCUCACCCCUCUCUGCACUGUGAACUAGGUACCACUGUGCCAGAAGUUGAUCGUCAGUGGUCUGAGCGAGGAGAUCCCAUAAACACUUACAGCUCAAUUAACCGAUCAACAGGGUAGUUUUCGGAACCGCUCACACA